UUGGGUGACAUAAAAGUAAAUUGUCUGCUGUAUGCUGAUGAUGCAGUGCUUAUUGCACCAUCAGAGGCAGAACUGCAGGCAUUAGUCACGUGUAUGAAAGAGGAAUGUGAAAUUAAAGGUCUCCGUUUGAAUGCUAAUAAAACUAAGGUUCUGGUAUUUGAAAGGGAUGAAGAGAGAACGAAAAAAAAUAAGACAAUUAACAUGGCAAUAUAUAAUUUUCUUUUUAAAGUAAUGAGAAAUGUAAACAAUAAAUGCCCCUGUGUUGCUCUUUUUAUGGAUUUAACAAAAGCUUUUGACAAUAUUCACAGACAGUUACUCAGAAUGAUUCCUGAAUUUCCGAAUGCCAAUAUAUCUGUGGAAGUUAUUGGGAAAACGGUAGAAUACAAUGAUAUUGUGUUACUUAAAGUAACCGAACGUAAAGAAACUAUGCGUUAUAGGGCUGUCGAUGAGACGAAGUACGCGGACGACGAAUUGCAGAAGAAAAUAAUUUUUAUCGUUCACGGCCUCAGUAUUAUGGGAUUACCAUACAUCCCAUGUCUCAAUGAAAGCCCAUCCUUUAUUCAACUGUUGUCGUAUUACUUUGCGCAUUUGGAUAAGUUCGACAUUUUUUUAAUACCAAUGGCGAAUCCGGACGGAAUAAAAUAUCCAAGCUGGUUUUGGAAUAAGAACGCAUCUCCGCAAAAAGCCUGCCCUGGAGUGGCAUUGGAUCGCAACUUCGACGUGGCAUGGAACUCUAGUCGCUUGCUAAGCUCCUGCAGUCAACUCUAUCCAGGUUUUGUGCCAUUUUCCGAAGUUGAGACACAAGUGAUUCGGGACAUUUUUCAUUAUUAUAAUCACAAAAUAAUUGCGUAUAUUCAUGUACAUGGGGGAGGUCACAGCGAAACGACUUUUAAGGGCGACGCUGUAUUGUAUCCAAAAGGAUAUACCGAUGUUCAAGAAGACGAUGACUUAUAUAUAGAUUUAAAAGGAGAAAUCGAUGAAGCCAUGAGAAACGCGAGUUUUCGUGUGAUGUCAGUUACUGUAGACACAUUACAUAGCUGGUAUGGGACUAUAAGUGGAAGUAGUGUCGACUAUGCUUCAACGGUAUAUAGUGUACCAUUUGCCUUAGAAUUUGUAAUGCAGCCUUACGAAUAUCACUUCAAUUUCGACAAAUUGAAACAUGAAACCACUUAUGACUCAUUAAAUGCAAUUUGGGGAAGAAUUAUUGAUGUCGUGUUCAAAUUCUUCUGGAAAAGUUCGCAUCAUACGGAAAAUAGUCGGUAA